CGCCGAAUGGGAGACAAUGUCUGAGUCGAGGCGUCAAGAGUUGGAUAUCUCUAAUCUGGUGUUUAACAUGAGUUUGAGUCGCGUUGAGAUCGAUUGGCCGGAAGUGUCCGCCUGUGUGGCGGCCGAACCGCCGGUGAAGAAGCCGUACGAGAAGUUCCCGCCACGAGUCGGAGACAUACUGUUCGGCUAUUAUCUGAAGGAGUCGUUGAGUGUCGGGAAGCGGUCGACGGUGUUUGUCGGCUACAAAGUGGCCAAAAGUGGUGAGCAGUCCAACGGGUCUGAAGUGAUAGUAAAGGUGGCCAUUGAGAGGGGUUUCGAUGAUCUGAGACAAGAGCUCCACAACUCUCGCAAAGUGAAGGGCUGUCGAAGUGUUGGCCAUUACUUAGACUACAUUUGGUGGAAAGACUGGCAGAACCAACACUACGGCAUCCGUUGGGGUUUAAUAGUCUUCGAGAAGUUUGGACCAAAUCUGUUGUCUCUAAUGAAGAGAUCCAUUAGAAGAGUGAUGGAACCGAUUGAGAGUCAGUUCGCGGUCGCCGUCCAAAUGAUUGACUGCAUUGAAGACAUUCACUCAAUGGGUUUCAUUCACGGCUCGUUAAGACCCGAAAACUUUGUGAUCGAAAGUGAGACCAAAUGGACUCUAAGACUGAUUGGAUUGAGUGACGCCAAAGAGUUUAUCACAAAAAGACUUGACGGCACCGUUGAGCACAUUGAGGACACAUCUAAUUACCGAUUCCUGCCGUACGGCGACCCCAACUUUCACUCGAUUGGCUAUCACUCGGGUUUCUGUCCCUCGCGUCGCGACGAUAUGGAGUCGUUGGGCUAUUGUAUGAUAUUUAUGGCCAAAGGAUCGCUGCCGUGGAUGAGUGCCUCCGAUAAGAACCUGUCGUCGCCGAAGACUAUCCGCAAAAUUGGCAAACGUAUGAAAGAGACACCACUGGCCGACCUCUGCGCCGGUUUGCCUCAAAACUUCUGCAAAUACUUUGAUCUCAUCAGUGGUUAUGAAUUCAAUGAGAAACCCGAUUACCAAAGUCUCCGCCAAUGCUUUCAAACUAAUUAGUAUUGAAGUUAAUUAUUGUUUAUUAUUCCGUAUAAUUAUAGCUAAAAUCUCGACGUUUUGUU